GAAUGAGCGCCAUUGGAUUGAAGAAAAUAUUCCCAGACACGUAAUAAAAAGUUUUGAAAUGGACGAAGAAGAACGAAAUAAAAAGCUUCGAGCUGGAAAGGAAAAGUUGGCAGCAUUUCAGAAAAAGAAGAGUAAAAAGAAACACAGUCAUCAUCACCAUGGAGAUGAAACAGUAGCAGCGGGAGAUUCAUCCAUCAGCUCCAUUGAUCAGUCAAGUUCGAGUGAUGUCCCCUUGUUUGAAGAUAGUGAUCAAAAUAUGACAUCAGAAGAUGAAACCACUAUACAAGAUUCCAAGUCCUUGUUUAAGGUACAGACCAAAUUAAAACAUGCUACAGAGAGAAUAGCUGAAUUAGAGGAAUCUCUAGAAGGAAAGCAGCUUGCAUUAGACAGGGUGAUCAGCGAAAACACCAAGUUAAAAGAAUCUGACUUUUCGCAGAAGAUUGCUGAAAUGGAAGUAGCUAUGAGUAAGAGGGAUGAAAUAAUAAGACAGUUGACAACAAGAUUGCAGUCUACAGCCAGUUUACAAACUGAAGCAGAACAACUUACACAUCAUGUACAACAACUGCAGGCACAAUUAAUUAAUGCUGGGAAAUUAAUGGAAUCUCAGAACAGCAAACAGUUAAUGUCCUCCCAAGCCUUACUGGAAGCAAAACAUGAAAUUGAAGCUUUGCAGAAAUGUAUUGAAGACAAAGAUACACUUCUUAGUCAGCUAUCAGACAAAGUUGGUGCCAUUUCUGAUGAAUAUGUUAAUUUAAAAGCUUCAUAUGAGGCCUCAAGACAAAAAGAGGCAGAAAGUUCUAAAGUUGUUAAAAGUCUGAUGUCAGAUGCAGAGGACAUCCGAAGGCAAGGAAGUGUAAAUGGUUCAGUGGCAGUAUCUAAUUCAGACGUCGAAGAUAGAGUUCAAAAGGUCAGACUUGAACUGGAAGAAACAUAUGGGAAUCAGAUAGCCUUGAUAAAGGAUGAAUUGUCAAAACUUUAUAAUGUUGAAGUUGAAAAAUUGACUGGUGAAUUAAACAAUUUUAAGGAGAUUUGUGCAAAACACGAAAGUGAUAAUAAUUCUCUUGAAGAAGAAAAACAGAAAUUAACAGCAAGAAAUACUUCUAAUGAUUUAUUGAUUUCUGAACUUCAAUCAAAAUUAACCGAAUUUAAUUCAAAAUGUGUUCAAAUUCAAAGUGAAAAAGAUGAACUUACAAAAGAAAGUUUGACUUUAAGUAAACAGAUUGAUUUAUUAAGUUCCCAAUUAGAAUCCAUACAUCAUGAUCAUCCAGAAAGUAAUGGAAGUGAACCUGUUCAAGAGGACAAUAAUUUGGAAUCAUAUAAUAAAAUCACAGAAUUAAAUGAGAGAAACUUAAAUCUAACUUCUGAAUUAGACACUAUUAGAAAAGACUAUGCUAAUGCACAGAAAAAUGUAGAAGAGUUGGAAAAGAAAGUAAAAGGUAGUAGACCUGCCAGAUUCCAGGUUGACUCUCAGGAGAUAGUGAUGGAAUUAAAACAGGUGACUGAACAGUAUGAGGAAGCUUUGGUAAAUAUUGCACUCAUGCAGGGAAGGAUUGAAGACUAUGAUAUAAAGUGUGAAAUUCUAAAUGAAGACUUGAAUAAGAUGAAAGAACAGUUGAAAAGAUCAGAAAAUGCAGCAAAAACUUAUGAAGAACAGACAAAGGAAUAUGAAAAUAUUAAGGAAAAAUUGAGCAAGUCAGAGCAGGAAAUCAAAAGUUUUGAAGAAAGUGUUAAGGAGUAUGAAUCAAAGCAUGAAAAAGUGUUAUCAGAGCUACGUGAUAUGACAGAACAGUGUACUAAUGCUCAAACACAGUGUGAAGAAUACAGAGACAAAUUCGUUGAAUAUGAACAGCAACUAACUGAUUAUGAAGGAUUAACAACUCAGUACAAUGAAUUACAACAUGAAUGUAAUGUAUAUCAAACACAAAAUGAUGAACUGAAUAAUAAAAUGAAUAUUCAACAAGAUGUUGUCAUGGAGUUAAAGGCAGAGCUAGAAAUAUUGUCUAAUCAAAACCAAGCAUUUCAAGAACAGUCUCCUAUACAGACACAGCAAUUAGAGGACUUAACAAAGGAAAACAAAUCUCUGUUAGAAAGUAUUGACUUAUAUAAGGAUGAAGUAACUAAACUAACUAAUAGUCUAAAUCAGGCAACUGUUGAGGUGGAUACUUAUAAGGAGAAAACCAAUUCACUUGAAAGUUUAGUGAAAACUCUGGAGGAUGAACUGAAAUCAAAACGAGACACUGAAUUAAUGCUAAAGCAGAAAGAUGAUUCAAUAAAGAAAUUAACCAAUGACAUUGAUGACUUAACAUUACAGCUUCACAUGCAAGAACCUGUUGAAGAAAGUUUCCAGAAGGAAACAAUAUCGCAUGAAGAGGCAUCUUUAUCCUUGAGCAAUUCUGUGUCUAAUCAGGUUGUUACUUUGAAUGAAACAAAAGACCUUCAGAAUGCUCAGAUUGUUCAGUCAGAAGCAAACUCAUCUCUGUCAUUUGAUUGUUUUGUGCAGGAAGAAAUAGAACAGCAGUCAGAACUGGCAUUACAUGUGGUUAGUGAUAUGGAAGCUGAUUCUCUUGAUGGCGAUACAGUCGAUUCUAUUGAAGACUCAAAACAAAGUGAUCUCAUAGCUGAAAUAAGUAAACUUCAACAUGAAAACAUUAACCUUCAUGAUGAAAAUCAUGAACUUAAGCUGACUAUCCAAAACAUAAAAGUUACUUAUGGAAAUGAUUUGGAACAAGCAUUACAGUCAUGCCGUUCUGAAAUUGUCAAUUUAUCGGCUAAAAAAACAAAAAUAGAGACCUCUUAUGCAGUACUAGAGGAAAAUAUAACUAAAAUUAAUGAAAAAGUUAGGUUAGCUGAAUCAGCUUUGGCUACAGUGGAGGAAGAAAAGCUUGCACUUCAGAAUGAAUUAAUAUAUAUUAACAGUAUGGUAGAUGACAUGUCCCUGAAUGAGGGACUGUCUCAAAGUGAUUCAAAUACAUCUUUAACAGUGUGUAAUAAACUGAAAACACUCCAAGAAAAAUUAGAAAUUGCUCAAUCAAAUACUGAAAAUCUAAGUUCCCAAAGUGAAAAAUUAAAAACUGAAAAAUUAGAAAAUAUAGAAAUCCAUAAAAAUGUACUAUUACACAAACAGGAGGAAAAUGAUAAUUUAUGUAAACAAGUUGAGUGUCUUCAAAUUCAGAUGAAAAACAUGGAAACUGAAGUUGAAAAAAGUAAACAACUAUUGAAAGAAAAUUACAGUUUGAGUAUAUCUUUGCAAGAAAUGAAUGAAAGGGAACAAAACCUACGAAUUCAAUGUGAAAGGUUAUCUCAGCAAAUAUUUGAACUGUCGGUCAUAAAUCAGACAGUGAGCGGUGACAAAGAAAACCUUGAGAACAGGUUUGUGGAAGUAUCAGCAAUGGAAAAUACUGAGAUCUCAGACUCAGUAGUGGACAGCCAUGUAAAUGAAGUGAUGUCAAGUAAAAAGUCACAUGAUUUAUUAUUAACCAAUCAGCAAUUACUUCCAAUUUCAGAACAUGACAAUGAUGUAAAAUGUGCAGUUACAGCAGAUGGUGAAACCUUGGUGAGAGAUGCUGAACCUAAGAAAACAACAGAUUUGCUAGUCCAUGAAGGUGAAAUAUCACAGCAGAGUACAGCCAACCAGUUAACCACGCUUGAAAAAUUGAAGACACAGUAUGAAUCUCAACUUAAUAGUUUCCGACAAGAACUGGAUAGUGAGAGACAAGCUAGAACAGAGAAAAUGGAAUGCACCCAGAGCAGUGAAGAUAAAAUGGAGAAGCUUGACACAGCAGAGAAAGAAAAAUUGGAUGAAAUUAUAUCGGUCAUGAAUACCCAGCAUUCAUCAGAAAUAGAAUCAUUACAGCAAAGAUAUCUUGAAGAUGUAGACUUGAAGGUGAAGGCGAUGAGAAUCACUUUAGAACAGAUCUACUCUGGUCAGUUAGACCUAGUGAAGACAGAGCUAGAGAAGACACAUGUCCAAUCUCUGAAGGAACUCAAUGACCAACUGACAAAGGAACAUGAAGAAGACAUACAGAAGAUAGAGAGAUUGUGGGAGAAACGUUUGGAGGAUGUGGAAGAGCAGCAUGAAGAAGAAAUGAAUAAAUCCCUUCUUGAGGACUCACUUAUUGUGCAGACUGUUGAAUUUGAGGUUCCGCAUGGUGCCAAGGAUUCAACAUCUGUACAAAUACAGAAAACAAUCAAGAAAAUGGCUGAAGAACAUGGAAAACUAUUACAGAAAAUAUCUGAUGGACUUUCAAAAUCUCCCAAGAUAAGAACUCCAAGGAAGAUAAAACAGUCCCAGGGACAACAAACAGAUGACGAUACAGACACAGAAAGUAUUAGGUCCAUGCCUGUUACUGAGGAAGAGUACCAACAGUUAGAGGAGAAAGAGAAAAUUGUUGAGACAGCUGAAGAUGUACGACAGACCUUGGAAAGCCAGCGUGAGGAGUUGGACCUGCUUCGUGCAUCUUUACUCCAGGAAUAUGAACAAUUGCUUGCUGCUCGGACAGAUCGUAUGUCAGAUGAAGCACAGGAAGUAGAAAGAUUACAAGAAGAAAUGGAACAGUUACAGAAACUUUACAACAAGCAAAAGGCCAAAUUCCAGUCUGGUGGUCCACAAAUCACAGAUCUUUCGAGUCUCAAGAAACAGUAUGAAAAUAAAAUCAGUUCUCUUGAAAAGUUCCAUCAGGAAGAAAUUCUUCAAUACAAAGAGGAAAUAGAAAAAUUUAAAGGAAACCAGCAGGAUGUUACUUCUCCAAAGAGGGAUUCUGGGAGUGAUGCAGUGACAUCAAGUGGUGUUCCAGAUGAACAAGAGACAGAAAGAGAUUACUUGAAAUCAGCAUAUAAUUUGACUGUCAUUUCUGAUGAUUCACUUCAGUUUGAAGAUGAUACUAAUAAUAAAACCUUACAGGAACUUAAAACAUUGUUGGCUAAAAAAGAAGAUGAAAUAUCAGACCUCCAACUCAAGAUUUCUCAAGAAAAAAUUGAAAAUCAAGAAAUGCAAUUUAAAUUGACUGAAAAUUCAGAUAAAAUUCAGGAACUUGAAAAUAAAUUACGGGUAACCCAAAGUGAACUGGAUGAUGUAAAUUCAUUAAUGAGUGAUAAAGAUUGUAAAAUAGAAUCAUUAAUGAAGCAAAAACAAGCACUUGGUGAAAAGUGUUUACGUGAAUUGGAGGAGUGUGAAAACAAACAUGCCAAAAUUGUUAAUGAAAUAAGUGAAAAGUUUGAAAAAGUAUUUACAGAUCUGAAGUCAUCUCAAGCUGAAGUUUCCAAGUUAAAAGCUGACCUUGAAGCUUCUCAAGAACAGGAGAGAAUGCUGGAAGAGCAAUACGAUGAAUUACAACAACAACAAAAGGCAGCCAUGAAAAAUUUACAGGAAAGAUCAGAACAUGACAAUGAAGAAGUUAUCAGUGAAAUGAAACUUACUCAUGAGAAAGAAAUGGAAACAUUGAGAGAAAAACAUAAAGAAGAACUUGAUUCUUUAUCUGAAAAACAGAAAGAGGAUCAUGAAACACUCAAACAGGAACUUGAAAAUGUCCAUCAAGAACAAAUUGAAGAGUUACAGCAUCAACAAAGAGAGAAGAAUGAAUCUCUAUGUCAAGACCUAGAACAUGAGAGUCAAGUUGAACUUGUAACUAUUCAAACAGAAUUCAAAGUUCAAAUGGAGGUUGAAUUGAAACGGCAAGCUGCAGACAUAACUGCAGGCCAUGAAAAAGAUAUUAGAAAAUUAAAAGAAGAUUAUGAACAGAAAAUAGAUGAUUUGAAAUACCAAAUACAAUCUGAAAUGACAAAAGACCCAGAAAAAUCAAAUGACACCAAAACAAAGGACCAAGUUAUUGAGGAAGUUAUACAAGAAGUCAUUGAAGAUAAGAUUGAAAAGGCAUUUUCCCCUGCAGAAGAAAAAGCUGCUGUAAUGGAAGACGAAGAAUCUUUAGUGAGUCGGGAUAGUGAUACUCAGUCUCAGGAGACGGUCAUAGAGGUAUCUAAAUCAGAGGAGGAUACUGUCAAGGAGAGGAAGAAAUCUUUAGGGGAAACUGAUAAAACGGAGGCUGAUGGUGACAGUUUGGAGGACGACAAAGAUACCAAAGACAAUACAUUAUCUGAAUCAUUGUUACAGACUGACCAAUCACAAGACUUUGACAUGAUUGAUUCAUCUCAAGAUUUUGAUCAAACUGCAUCAUCACGAGACUUCACACAAACUGCUUCCACUUUCAGUGCUUCAUCUAGUGAUUCCAGCGAGAAGGGUUUACUACCUGCUGGUAAAACUCAUGAUAAUACUGUUGCUGUUCUCAUGCAAGAGAUUGGAAGGGCUAAGGAGGAAACUGUUAAACAACUUCAGGAGGAAUAUCAUACAGAAAUAAAUCAGCUAAAUGAAAAACUAAAAGAGGCAAUUGAGAAAAAUUCUAAACAGGAGGAAAAUUUCAAAGAUGAAAAGGAUCAAAUUAUUGAGGAUUAUGACAAACAAAUCAAAGAAUUGGAAGAACACAGAACAGCUUCUAAGGAAGAAAUUGAAAAACAAAAUCGGCUCAAACGAGAAUUAAUAAAGGAACAUGAGGAUAAUGUGUCCAAACUUCACAAGGAAUAUGAUGAAAAAAUGGAAUUACUAAGACAAGAGUUAGUAGAAACAUUUGACAGUGAGAAGGAGGAACUGAAAAAACAACAUGAAUUGGACUUAAAUGAAGCAGAUGAAAAAUAUGAGACUCUUAUUGAUCGUAUAAAAAGUGGCGAGGCUCCUGAGGUAGCUGAUAUUAUACAUGAACGGUAUGAUACAGAGUUAGAAAUGGCUAAAACACUUAUGCAACAGGAAUUUGAUGAAACCAUAGAGUCUGAACAGGCCAGAUUUAUGGAACAGCAUCAAGAAUUAAUGGAUAAGGUUACAGCUGAACGUCAGGCAGAGGCAGAAGAACUCAGAAUGCAACAUGAAAAAGAUAUUUCAGAAUGUAGAAAGACUCUUAUUGAUGAAUAUGAUGCUAGAAUUUCUGAACUGGAACAAAAUCAAGAAAUAGAAAUCUCAAAAUUGAAGGAAGAAUUGACCAAGAUUGCCUUUAAACCAGAUGAUAUACCAGCUAUUAAAUCUGAAGAAUCAACAGAGAAGACGGACCAAGAACUUGAGAAAGAAGAGCAAACCAGGGAACAAGAUUUACCAUCAGACCAAGAGCUUGAGAAAGAAGAGCAAACCAGGGAACCAGAUUUACCAUCAGACCCUGAAGUAGCCCGUCGUAGGUCAAGUGAAGAGAAGGAUAACUCUAUAGAAGACUUAAGAGACACCCAUACAGCAAUUAUAGCCAGGAUAGAGGCAGAAUAUGAAGAAAAACUUAAACGCAUCAAAGAAGAAAUAGCAAGUACCCACUCCACUCAUUCUGAUGAUUUAGAUGGUGGUAGUGUAGAUACUGUAACAUCAAGAAAGAGUGCUGAACAACAUAAGCAGGAUUUAAUGGCCUUAGAACAACAAAUGUCGGAGAAACAUCAAAAGGAAAUACACAAUAUACAGACACAGCACCAGUCUAGGAUAGAAGAGAUGGAAGACAAAUAUAAGAAAGAGAUUGGAAACUUAAAGAAAAUUUUGGAGUUUUUACAGCAUUCUUCCAGUUCAGAAGAUACCAUUCAAGGGCAGCUCAUAUCUCCUGCUCAAACGGUUCCUAUGUUGGAAAGUUUAGAAGAGGAGAUAGUACCAGAAGACAGUGGACGUUAUGUUCCAUCUAGGAGUACCCCUCGAGAUGACAUGGAAUCUUCUAUAGAGAGAGUAGAAGUCACCCAGAAGGUCAGAAGACCUCAACAGAUCAGUCCAAGGGAUAAAAAGGAAAUCCCUGAUGAAACUGAUGAAGAACCAUUGAUCCAGUUUGACAAAUCAAAGGAAGAAAAUCAAGAAGAAGACAUGGGUUCUGAGAUAUCAGAGGAACCUAUCCUUCCUGAUUCAGCUCCACCUAGACAACUCUCAGCUUCUACAUUUGACUUUAAUGCUGGACUUGAUUUUAAACCUGAUUUUGAGGAGGAAGAUGAAGACUAUGACAGAAGUGGUAGCUUACAAGAUAGAGAGGAUUCUGGGAGUGGAAGAUCUACUCCAGAAGAUUUGAUGCAAACAAGGGCUUUGGCUGACACUCUUGCCAAUUUAAAACCAGUUUCUACCUAUGAAUCAGGUGAACUUCCCGUUGCUGCUGAGGUUGUCAAGCAAAAGGAUAGCAAAAUCAAAGACCUAGAAGAUGAAAUUAAGAAACUACAACAAAGAUUACAGGACCAGAUCGAGGAGGAACGACUGAUUCUAAUGAGAAGAGAGAAAGAAUCACAGGAAGAUCAAAAUCUAGAACUAAUGCUGAAAUCUGACCUGGAGAGAGUUAACACUGAUAGAGAAUCUGUACAGAGAACAAAUGAACAACUGUUGCAGUUAUUGUCAGACUCAGUGAAAACUUAUCUCAAUGUAGAAGAUAGUAUUAACAAAAAACUGGUCAAGAUGGUUACAGAGGGAGAUAAAUCAACAGGGAGUAAAGGGAGAUCGCCACCUAGAGACCAGCAGAGGUCACCUCCAUUGGGUGCUGAAGGAGGAGCAGAAGGGGAUGGAGACAGUUUACAGGAAACCAGUAUAUUGUCUAAUGUAACAGAUGAGGGUCUUGAUUUAUCACAAAGAAUUAGUGAAAGUAUUUUCCAGGGUCCAGAGCUAGAUAAAGAAGGGGAAGAAUUACUUCGAGACUUUUGGACAAUGAAAUCUUAUUUAAGAGAUGCCAGUCAUCGACUACAGAACUCUGUGUCUAGACUUCUCGAGAUGAUAGAAGAAACAACAAACCAGCUUCUAGAGGCUCGUAACACACAACAUGAACUGGUUGAUCAUGUAAAUAUCAAAGAAGAGGACUCAAAUCAGAUGAACAACCAGGUUCAGGAUCUCCAAGAGCAACUCCGACAGGAGAUAAAAGCCAAAGAAUAUCUGGCUGUCGAACUUCAUAAGGCUGAAGGUUUAAUUGAGGGAUACAGUUCUGAGAGAGAAACUUUGAACCAACAGAUUGCAGAUCUCGAGGAAAAAAAGGAAGCUCUGGUUUUGGAACUUGAGACAACUAAAAACAAGCUACAGGACUUAGAAAGUAUCCACCAUGAAGCUGUUUCCCUUCGAUCAGAACUUCAGAGACAACAGUCCCUUAUCCAGGGCAAUGUCGGGGAGGAAGCCCAAGUUACCUUGACAACCACAGAGGCAGUGCCACCUAAUAGAGAAGCUCUGUUACUGGAAGUGAAUCGUUUGAAUGACGAUAAAAGAGAUUUACAACAGCAAGUGAGAGAACUUCAAGAUAAAUAUGAGGGAAGAGUACGUGAUUUACAGAAUGCCGGAGAAGAGACAGAGAGACACUACUUACAGAUACUAGAGGAUAAGAAAGCAGAAAUCGUUGAAAUGCAGCUAAAAGUGGAUGCUGUUGAAAAACAGCUUAAAUAUAAUAAACAGUUCCUUGAGUCGACUUCCACAAAUUCUGAACAAACUAUUGAAAGAGAACAAGAACAAGAAGAGUUCCAGAGGGAGAUAAAUAAAUGGAAACAAGAGUCUCUAAACAAAGACAAGUUAAAUAAAACAGAGGGAAGACUUCAGAAAGAGGUUGAUGAUCUAACUGAGGAACUUGAGGAUCGAAUGAACAGUCAUAGUGAGAUAGUGUUACAAACAGAAAAACUCCAGAGAGAUUUGCGUGAGAAAAAGCUUACAACUGAAGAACUGAAUAUUCUUGUUCGACAGCUGGAGCUAGAAAUUGAAGACAAAAACAUCAAAGAAAAUCAACUCAAACAGAAAAUAGUUACCCUGGAGGAGGAGUUACAAAAACGAGAUGAGAUGGAAGAGGAUUCAGGUACAGAGUCACCUCCCCCUGGAGAGGAAGUGGACACUGAUAUAGAUGGUACCAGACAGCCUAGAGGUCACAGGAGGCGAAGAUUUUUACCAUCACAUCAGGUCUCAGUUAAACAAGAAGAGGAACUUAUCCAUGAAAAAGAAGAAUUACAGAAACAAGUAGAGGAUUACAUGAAACAGAUGUCUGCAUUGGAAAUUCAGAUGGACGAAAUGAGACAUAGGGGAGACUAUGGAGGGGAUACACAGAACUCUACCUUACAAAGACAAUUGGAGAGGGAAAAAGAACUCCUGGAAGAGAAAGAAAUAAAGGUGUCACAACUUCAAGUUCAGAUAGAAGAUUUGGAAGACCAGUUAAAUAAUAAAGAGCAACACAUACAGCAACUUACAUCGCAGGGUAGGAAGGUACCAAUAGAGGAAGUUACCAGUCAAUAUGAUGACAGAGUCAGCCAACUUGAAAGAGAAAAUGAAAGUUUAAUGGAGAAAGUAAAAUCUUUACAGAGUCAGUUUCCUUCAGAAGUAUCUCCCUUCACACAAACUCUCAUUGACGAGAAAAACCAAGAAAUUGACCAUCUGAAUGAUCAAGUUCAUCAAUUACAAGAGGAUUUGAAUAAACUUAGUUCUGGAGAGGAAAUUGUCAAUUUGCGUGAUCAAGUAGAAAGAUUACAAGGGGAGCUAGAUAGAAAGAACUUUGAUUUUAUCAGAGCUUCACACACCUCAGAUGGUUCUUUUACUGACUCUGAAAUGCCAGGAGUCAGUGCUUCAUUUGCAGAAAAGACAAGUCUUCAGCAGGAGAUAGAUGAUUCUGUAGCUAAUCAAAUUGAUCAGAUUGGUAAUUUGCAACAGGAAGUAGAACAGCUGAAGAGUAGUCUUACACAGAGGGAGGAACAAAUAACAUCUCUAAAAACAGAGCUAGAAAUCAAAGUAGAACCUCCACCAAAGACUGAGGAUGCUGUUCUUCUGAAUGAUGUUUUGCAAGAAAAAGAAGCCUACAUUGAUCAGUUGAAUAUACAAGUAGAGGGAUUAAAUAAUGAAGUGGAAAGCUUGCAUGACUUCCAGACAAAGUUUCAGGAAGAUUAUGACAUGGUUCAAGCUAUGUUAGAAGAAAAAGUAAAGGAAAUAGAAGAUAAGGAAAGGGAAAUAGAUCUGUUGACUCAGGAACUAACACAAAAACCAUCUGACGAUGAAUCUGUGGUAAAAUUGGAACUAGACUUAGCCAGAAUGAGGAGAGAUUUAGCAGAAAAAGAUAAUAUUAUAGAGGAGAAGGCUGAAGAGAUGUAUAUGUUAAAUGAAAAGGUAGAACAACAGGAAGCUACUUUAGAAGAAAUGAAAGAAUUACAGAAUAGAAUUGUAGAAUUGGAAAAUGAAAACCAGAAACUUCAAUCUUUGGAGUCUGAGGAACAGGAGACUAAAAAGUUGUUAGAAGAAAAGGAAGCUGAAAUUGAUCAAAUCAAGGAAGAGUCUGUUCAGAAAGAAUCCAAAAUGGCUAAAAUGCAAGAUGAAUUAGAUGCUGUUAGUGAACAUUUGAAAAUAGCAGAAAAUCUGCAAAGAAAAUUAGAGGAAGCUGGAAUGCUUGGACCAAAUAUUCUUCUUAGAGAUAAAGAUGAAGAAAUUCAAAAAUUAAAGAAGGACAUUGCAGAAUUGAGAGAGAAACUAGAUUCAUAUGCUGAAAGUGAUGAGCAGAUGUUAAAGAACAAGAAAGAAAUCUCAAAAUUGAAAGAGGAACUUGCUGCUCUAAGAGUACAGGUCCGUGAAGACCGUACAGAGGAACUAAGAAUCUCACAUGAACAAAUUGGUGCUCUCAGACAAAAAUUGAAAUCAGCAGACAAUCAAGAGGGUGUCAAUAUUCUGACAGAGGAAAUAAACAAACUGAGAAAAAGUAUGAGGCCUGAAGAUGUUGCUAAAGUAAUGAAUGAAAAAGAUGAGAAAAUUGAAGCAUUGAAAUGUCAGUCCGCAUUAUUACAACAUCAGUUACAUAUGGCUUACAGCCAAGAGGACAUGGAUGCUAAGGAAGACACAAUUCAAGCACUUCAGAUGGAGUUAGCUGUACUACAACAUAGUUCUGAACAGGAAGUUAAAACACGACAGCUGGAGGCAGAACCUAUAUCAAGUCUAGAGAGACAGAGACAGCCCGGAGUGGGUGUAGAAAGUCAGCAGUUGAUGUUUGCUGUGAACACACAAGCUCCAAUGAGACUUGUAGAGGAAGAAGGCAUUACAGCUGAAGUUGUUACUGGUGUGCAGGGUGUUCCAGAAACAGCUAGACAGCAAAUUGAAGCUAGAGAUUUAGAGAUUACUAGAUUGAGAGAAGAAUUAUCGUAUUUUAAAGAGAGUUAUGACUCAGGUUCUCGUAUUGAGGAACAUGAUGUGGUGUUACAAGAGAAGGAAGAGAAGAUUUCUGACCUCACAGCAAAGAUUGAAAUCAGAGAUGAUCAGUUACGUACAAAACAUGAGGUGAUAGAACAAUUGAAAUCAGAUAUGGAUAAUGUUCAACACCAUUUGGCUUCUGUAAGAGCAGAGGAGGAAAACAUCCUUCAUGCCAAAUCUGAAGAAGUUAAAUCCUUACAAAGUCAGCUAGUUAGCUUUGAAAGUAAAAUAGAUGAAUAUGCAAAUAUAAAAGACAAACUGGACCAAUAUGAAUCUGAUUUAAAUGAGAAAGAAAACCAGAUCCAAGACCUUGAUGAGGAUUGUUCCAGACUUCGAGAAAAAUUGAAACAACAAGAAUAUAAACUUCAAACAGCUGCUUCAUUUGAAAAUAUUGAGACUGAGUUGAGGGAGAAAGAUAAUUUGAUACAAGAUUUAGAAGAAGAAUGUUCAAUGUUGAGAAAGAAAUUGAAAGACCAAGAAAAUAAGAUUCAAGUAGAGUUACAGAAAGCUGGAUCUUUUGAUGCUGGGGAUGACGUCUUUGCUCAGUUACAAGAAAAACAGGAGAAAUUAGAGCAGACGUCACGUGAAUUAUCAACCACAUUUUCUAAAUUGAAAAACAGUGAAGAAAAACUUGAACAAAUGACUGACGUGAAACAAAGACUAAAGGAAGCUGUUGAACUUAGUGAGCAGCAAUUACACAUUGUAGAACAGAAAGACCAGGAAUACACCAAACUCAAGUUAGACAUACAGGAAAUGCUUUCUGACAAAGACAAAACUAUUAAAGAACUAAAACAGGAACUUCAACAAGUAACACUGGCAAAGGAUCAGGAAUUACAAUACAUAACACAGGAGGUGGAGAAUGACAAGAUGGAAAAAGUCAGAGUGAUUGAGAAUCUCCAGCAACAAGUCAGACAACUCCAGACAGAUCCUAGUGGUGGUGGGGGAGAUGCUGUCUCUUCUGUUACAAAACUUCAAGUUCAGUUACAGGAGAAUGAAAGUAUCAUGAUGGAGAUGCAUAGUGAGCUAGAAUCUGUUAAGGCUAAUCUUGAGGACAAAACACAGCAGCUAGAAGUCAAGAUGAUAGAAUUGGAACAGGCUAGAGGUCAGAUAUCAGACGACCAAGUUGAAAUUGAGGCUGCUACCCAGGGUCAGUUAGAUCAGCUGAGGCAAGAGUUACACAUUGCUAAAACAGCUUUAGAUGAAAUGCAAAGAGAAGGAGGAUGGAGAAAUAGUAGGGAAACUAGCAUUGAGAGAGAUGGUUUGCAAUACAGAUCAGAACAUCUAGAAUCUGAUGAUGAAUUGGAAGGUAUGGACAGACUGGAACUGAUGAAGGAAAUCAAAGAACUAAGGAAAGAUCUUAAGACAGCACUGUCUGAACUUGACUUAUUUCGUACUACAGUAUCCAUGUCUGCAAAAGAUUAUGUCAGAAAAGUUAUGGAGUUAAGAGAGGAGCUGUCUCAGCAACACCAUAAACAUAUCCAGACCAUGCAGGACAGAACCCGUCAGGACUCUGAGACUAAUCUGGCACAGUUACGAAUAAAAUAUGAAGAUGAGAUUGAAUAUCUCAAACAACUUCAUAAAACAGAGUUGGAGAAGAAAACAGGAGAGGUAAAGAGAGAACUGGAGAGAGAACAUGAUCAGGAGAUAGACAGACUUAUGGCUAAACAUCAAAAGGAAAUAGAAAUAGCCAGACUACAGGAACCAGUUUUGAGUGACACAAUGACAAUGGAAGCUGGCCGUCGUCUGCAGUCUGAAAUCUCCUUAUCAGAAAAGCUUGACAAUCGUUUGCUGCAAUCAUUACAGAGACAACCAGAGGGCGCUAGUGGUACAGACAACACAGAUGUUAGUACCGGUGUAUCCAGCACUGAAAUGACUAAUGAUGAAAAUGUAUCAUCUAAAUUACAGAUGUUAAUGAAUCGACUCCACAGAGAAGGUGUUCAGAUGUUAAGUAUAUCAGAGUUACAGUUCCUGAAUCGUCACAUGUCACCUUCUCAGAUUGAUAAAGAGGUUGAUGUAGAAUCAUUGAAAACAUCAUGGGAAAGUGAGAAACAAAGCUUACUGUCAGCUAUACAAUCACUCAAAGAUCUUUUGGCACAAACACAUAAACUGAGAGGACUUGAGAAGGGUCCUGAUGUAUCUGAUUGGAGAGGUGAACUUCUACAAGCCAUAAGUUAUGUAUUUGCCAAAGAAAGGGACACCUUAUUGGCUGAAUUAAGGUCACAUGUUUUGUCUCAUCCAACCACAGAUCUUUCUGAGAUACAGAAUUUGGAACAGAAAAUAAGAAACCAGGAAGAACACCAGAAAUCGUCACUAGACCAGAUUUUCAAAGCUGAUCGUCAGUCAAUGUUGGCUGAAAUCAGAGAUCUAAGAGCUCAUACCAACAUCUCAAUGAUGAAACAUCAGGAAGAACGAGAGAAAAUGUCAGAACAGCUCAGUACUAUAGAGGAUCAAACAACAAAGAAAGAAAGACAAGCUAAAAGACAAGCACAAUUGUUAGAAUAUAAGUUACAGCAAGAAAAAAUACUCCAAGAUGAUGUCAGAUCUCGUUAUGAUAUGGAAUGUGAAAGAAAUAGUGAGUUAUCUACCCUGUUGUCCAGAGAGAAGAAUCAUAAUCUUGAUCUUCAAACAGAAACUUCCAACCUGCAGGCUCAGAUCUCCAAACUGAAGGAUGCUCUUGAGAGAGAACAAAGUAGAUUUGUUUCCGUAUCGGAAAUGUGGGAUUCUUUGGUUGGUGCUUUAGAUGAGGAGAAAGGAAAGAGUCAUUAUUUGAGUGAAUUAUUAGAUGCAGAGAGAUUUAAGUUCAAUAAUAUCCAAGUACAAUUGGAGGAUUAUAGAGUUAACUCAGAGACUACACAACCAGAAACUGUUGUAGAGGCCUUAAAGAAAGAAGUAAUGAUGGAAAGAGACCGACGUAUUCAUGCUGAGAAUACAUAUGAGUUAGACCAGACAACAAUCAGUACACUGAAACAGGAACUAGAUAAGGAACAGAAAAACUUCCAUAACAUGGUCACAGACUAUGAGAACAAAUUACAGCAACUUGCUACUACUAUAGACAUGGAGAAGGCUAGAAGUGUUGAUCUAGAGAGAGAACUUGAAAGAGAGAGGUACAUGAAUCAAAAAUUGAAACAUAAUCUUGAAAAUGAGCGAGAUUCUUUACAAGAAAGUUCAGACAGAGAAAAAGGCAUAUUUGACGAGAUACAAAUGGAAUUGGAAACAGAAAAAGCCAAAGUAUUAGACUUACAGAGAUCACUGGAUAGAGAGAAGAAAAGAAAUAAUGAUUUAUUUAAAUCUAUAGAUGAGGAGAAAUCAUCAUUAAGGGAAGAACUUGAUAAUGAAAGACAAGCAUGUAGGCAGCUUAAAAAUGAAUUAGAUCAGGCACAGCUGCAGAAACUGGACAUUACUCGUCACUAUGAACAUGAAAGAGACCAGUUAAAUAGGGUCAAAGUUGAGAGGGACCAGACACGUAAUGACAUGAAGAUAAUGAAGGAAAGAGAAAAUGAAAGAGAAAGACAGAGAGAUACUGAAAAAAUAGCAGAUAAACGAUCAGCUAGGCAGUUAGAAAGAGAAAGAGAUGAUUUUAAAAUGAAACUGCAUGAAGCUGAUCUAGAAAUGCAGAGAUUGAAACAGAAAAUUCUAAACUUAGAAGAACAAGUAACCAUAAGCAAAGAAAAAGAGAUGGAUAUUAUGAGAGAUUACGAACAGGAAAAACUACGCACAUUACAUAAUCAGUCUUUUGAAAGGGAAAUGUCGCUGAGAAAUGAAGGAUCUCCUGAGAGUGAUAUAGAAUCUACAGAACAGAGAGAGAACUGGAAAGUCUACAAGGCACAGCUUGAGAGUCUCUGUCAGAGCCUACAAUACCAGAUGUUACAGUUUCAAGAUAAGAUAGGACAACUUGUAAAGUCAGAUGAUAAUGAGGAGACAAGUGCUAUACAGAAUUCUGUCAAAGAUUUACUGAAUGAGCUUCGACAUGUACAGAUACCACUCACAUUUGAAUCUGGGGCUGACAGAAACCUUAUGUCCAGACCAGAUCUGAAUGCUGUGAACGGCCGUAUAUUACAUCAUAACAAUGAGCUUACAAACUUUGUCUCCAGACUAACUGAGGAGAAAAUAGAGCUACGCAAGACUCUUGGUCGCCUGGAGGAGGAUAUAUGGCGAUACAGACAGAGAGAUAAUGCUGUACAGAAUGGGGACCAGACCAAUUCACAUUUUACUGACAAACAUUUAGAAGAUAAAGCAGAAUGGGCCAAAGAGAGGCUUUCUCUACAGCUUUCACUCAAUGAUGCUGAGAGACAGAUAGAACAGCAACAACAUGAUCUAAAAAUAGAAAGAGAUAGAAGAUCUACAUUGCCAUCAUCUGGUGUUCUAUCUGAUCAUGACAAAGAUAAAAUGCAGAGAUUGUAUGGUAAAUAUUUGAGGACAGAGAGUUACAGAAAGGCACUGAUAUACCAGAAAAAGUACCUGUUGUUAUUGUUGGGUGGUUUCCAGGACUGUGAACAAACUACUUUAGCAUUAAUAGCCAGAAUGGGGGCUUUUCCAUCACCUCAGGACAUGCAGCCUCGUACAUCACACAGUCGAUUAUACACUAUUUUUAGAAGUGCUGCUAGAGUAGUUGUGGCUGUUAGUAGAAUGAAGUUUCUGGUCAACAAAUGGAAGAGAGCAACAAGAGUUGGUUCUCCUGUAGUAUCUGGUACAGUUGAUUCCCAGCAAGGUUACAUGCCAACCAAUAGGAGUUAUUCUCCUCAUGCCAGAUCUUCCUCUUCACCACAUACCAGCAUUAAUGGUCUAUAUCAUAUGUCACCAUAUCUGUCUACAACAUCUCAAAGAUUCCGUACAACAUCCUCACCACAUCCAACUUCCCUAGGUCAGAUGUAUGGGUCACCAAUUGUAGGUCACGACCUUAAUUUUCAUCCAUCUUCAACACAUGCAGUUAAUGGUCGUACAUCACCAUAUACCAAUGGUACAUUACCAGGUCUGAAUGGUGACUUGUCAAAAGAUUAUAGAUCAUCACCAUCGUUACAAACCUCUGGUGCUAGAAGAAAAAUCCUGUCCACACCAACAUCAUCACCAACUGUAAGUAGAGACAGAGAAAGUCCACAGCCACAGCGGAGAGUGAGAAUAGUUGAUGACCAGCCUUCAUUACAAGACAGUUAUAUAGAGAGAUUAGAAAGUCUACAAAAGAAGCUUGGCAGCAUAGAUAGUGGUGAGGAAGGAGAUAUAUCAUCGACAGAACAGCAUAAUCUCCCAGAAGAAAAUCUCCGUGGCGGUAGCCCCACGCUUUCCAGUAUCAGUUCAGAAUCUUCUGAAUAUUGUCCGCUGUGAUCUACAUAACUGUGAUAUAUACUGGUGCUGCAUACAUAAUUUAUGUUGUCCUCAUCUUGAAGGGUUGUCUCAGAAUAUACUAUGAAGAUUUUAAAUGUGACGUAUAUGGACCUCUCUUACGUAGUAAUUUUAUUUGACUUAAUAACUUGUUCUGAAGAUAGAUCAGCAAGUAUAUGUGUUGGAAUGUUUAACCAUGUCUAUGUGCAUAUUUAUGUGUUUAUUUUCGUGGACAGAUUACUGUCUCAGAUUGAGGGUCCAAAAUAAUUUGGUCCAAAAUCAAAUGAUAUUUGACACUAUAUGAUGUUACUCAUAGUAAAUUCAAGUUAAUUGACAUGUAUUUGAUAAAAAUAUGUGUUGCCAAAGUAUUGUAUUCUUGCCACAGUAAAAAUUAUAAAAGUAAUUUUAUACAAUUUAGGUAUGAAUAUGAAAGUUUUAAAAGGGAAAUACAGGUAAAGAGCUUAAUUACUCAUUUAAGGAUAUUGAUUUUGUCAAAAUAUGUAAGAAAAAAAUAAAUGACUUUUUAUAACCAGGAAUUUUAUAUUGUAAAUUAGGGACCAAUAAUGUCUUUAUAUUCAAGGAAUUCCAGGAAUGUAGCUGACAAUCUCUAUGUGUUUUUAUGUAUUGAUAUUUUUUAAGCAUUAUUUCAACAUCAAAUAGCCAAAUUUUAAAUAAAUGAAACAUGACAUUGCAUUUUAAAUGUUAGCUUAUGUAAAUACCCAAUAUAAAGCAAUAGAUAUCAGCAAUUACCCCUUUUUAUAUUGUAUAAAAAUGUACAAAAUAUAUGAUAAUGCAAUAGUUUUUGCCAUGUAAUUAAGCAUUAGUGCUUCAUUCAGUUAGAUACAUUAUAAAUUAUUUAACCUCUGGUACUAGUCAGAAAUUAUAAUCAACAAUAUUUAUAUCAAAACAAACUUGUCAACAGUUCAUUAUAAGGUUGUGUGUGCUCAUAUUUUUAUGCUUAACUAUUGGAGGGUAUUUGUUGGAAGAUUAUCAAAGCUUUAAUAUUUUUGGAAAGGAAAUGUUCAUAAUUUUCUUAUUUUGUAUUUCAAAGAAAAGAGUAUUCUUAAUAGUAUUGUUUGAAUUCCAUUUUUGAAUUGUAAAUGGUAGACUGAGGUAGAAUUGUAAGAAGCGAUUAAAUGAAUACCUCAAAGAUUACAUAAGAUAUUAAAUUAGCUUAUAUAUCAGUGGUAUCAAUGAUUUUUGUUGUUCUUAGUAUUGAUUGACAAUGUUUAUUAUCAUGGUUAUGGUUGACACUUUGGUAUAGAUUGUGAAGUUUUUACAAAUUUUAAAAGUUGUUUGUAUGUUACCAAUAGUUAAUUUGUUAAUGAAUUCUAGUGUUUAUAAGAGCAUUGAUUGAUGUAGACUCAUGCUUUCAUUCAAAUCAAAAUUUACAUCUGAUAUUUUUUAUGUAUGCUCCUCUUAUUUUUUUACACAAGGAAAACAUAAUCAUUCAUAGAUUUUUAUUUAUAAGAAACAAAAUGGUUAUAUUGAAAUCUUUGUAUUUAGUAAAAUAUUGUGAUUUUCCAAAUGUAAGUUGUAACUUCAUAUUAUUAAGUAAUAUACCAGAAAAAGUCUGGAAGUACAAGUUAACAUAUAGCAAAGAAACACAUAUAAGUUAGUUAUAAUACGUAACUUAGCAGCUUUUUCCAUUAAUAGAUAAUAAUAUAUUUAGGUAGUAUCUGCCAAAGUUUUCAUUGUCACAUUAUUUAUGGAUGAUUGUAUUUCUAAUGGUUCAUUGUACAUGUUACCAUUGUUUAUGGGCACACAUUACUCAUAUUAAAUUAUUUUAUAAACUUA